AUGGCGCUACAGUGUGUGAAACAGCACCACUUACGAGGUUUACAGAGCGAGACAACCUUAACUUUCCUUUCAUUGUUACGAAAUCUGAAGCUCCCAGGAACAGUGAGAUGGGUCAGUGGUGAAAUACCAGUUAAGUCUUCCUUUAGAUGCUAUGCUACUGCAAAAUCCGAGAGGAUUAUACCAAUCAAAAAGAAAAAGAGGCUGGAUGAAGUCUGCCUUGAAAGGUAUGAGCAAUAUAGUCGAUCCAUCAUCCAGUCGUGGAUUUUGCAAGGAAAAGUAUAUGUGAACGGGAAGGUGAUUAAUAAAGCUGGUACCCCUGUUUCUGAUAAAUCUGUAGUCGAGAUAAUGGCUGAAGUUCCCAAAUAUGUAUGUAGAGCUGGACAUAAGCUGGAAGGUGCCAUUGAACAGCUCGGUGUCGAUGUUGCUGGUAAAGUUGCUCUUGAUUCUGGGCUGUCGACUGGAGGAUUUACCGACUGCUUACUUCAGUAUGGCGCAUCACAUGUUUAUGGGGUUGAUGUCGGUUACGGACAGGUAGCAGAAAAAAUUCGAAGAGAUGAACGUGUAUCAAUCAUAGACCGAACAAAUUUACGAUAUCUCAAAGAACUCCCACAAAAUGUUGAUUUGGUGACCCUAGACCUCUCAUUCAUAUCUAUUCUUACGGUCAUGCCUGCGGUGGUAAAUGUAAUGAAGGAAGAUGCUGCAUUAGUGAUAUUGGUUAAGCCGCAAUUUGAAGCUCAGAGAUCUCAAGUAGGAAAGGGAGGGAUAGUGAAAGAUCCUCUAGUCCAUCAAGAGGUUCUUGAGAAGAUUACAAAGGGAGUAGAGAGUUUUGGUUUCUGCAGCAAAGGAUGGAUCGAGUCUCCUCUCAAAGGUGCCAAGGGUAAUACAGAAUUUCUUGUUCACUUCAGCAGAAUCCAUACCAAAGGUUCUAAAAAACAUGAAACUAAAGAGGAAUAUAAGCUUGAUGAUGCAUUUCUUCAAUCUUCAGAGAAGUAG